AGCGUACACUUCCAUUUUCUCGAUCCACUCGGCGAACAGAGAGCACGUGUUUGUUCGCCGGCAGUUUUGUCUCCUUCGAAAGACUCGAUUUUUUUUAUCUUUUCGAAAUCUCACCGUUGUUUACGCGAUUAUCGCGUAUCGUGUAUAAUAUUCGAAUCAAUCGUUUAGUUCCUUUCCACAAAAUAAUAUCAACAUGAAUCCGGAGAAGUUGAAGAAGCUUCAAGCCCAAGUACGAAUCGGCGGUAAGGGAACACCCCGACGCAAGAAGAAGGUAGUACAUGCCACCGCUGCGACAGAUGACAAAAAAUUACAGAGUUGUCUGAAAAAGUUAUCUGUUAACACUAUUCCUGGUAUAGAGGAAGUUAACAUGAUUAAGGACGACGGCACUGUCGUUCAUUUUAAUAAUCCAAAAGCCCAAGCCAGCUUAUCGGCUAACACAUUCGCGAUUACUGGCCAUGGGGAAAAUAAACAAAUAACCGAAAUGUUGCCUGGUAUAUUGAGUCAACUAGGUCCAGAAGGUCUAACACAACUAAAACGGUUAGCGAGUACAGUGGCGGGUAGUGCAGUCGGUAAAGCUACGCUAGAAGAAGACGAUGAAGUUCCCGACUUAGUCGAGAACUUUGAUGAAGCUAGCAAAGAAGAGGUUGCACCAAAAAAAGAAGUCGAGGAGAACGAUAAAGUCUCCGGUGACAAAAAAGAAAUCAUCACAAUCGACGAAAAGAAAGAGGCACCAUUAGCUACGCCCGAAGCUUAAAGAUUUUAUUGUCGAGGUAAAGCCCUAGAUUUCCUUAUUUUCUAUAGAUGUUUCCCAGGACAGACUGUUGUAAUUAAAAGUCAAGAAAUGCAAAGUUGCAUAAGCAACGAGUAAACGAAAUAUAACUAUACACACGUUAUAAAUACUUGACAUACACUAUAAUACUGCUAUAUGAGUAACAGUUGACAAGAAAUAAAAGAGGCUGUUACAGAAAUUAAAUAUUUCUACGAAAGAUGUGUUUCUUAUUUUAUUGCAUCUGUUAAACGCAAACUUUGUUUUGAAUCAGCCAAGGAAAAACAUUAUUAUUCCCGAAUUAAAAAAAAAAAAAAAAAGCGGGAAUAUAUAUAUAUUUAUAUAUAUAUAUAUAUGUUCCAUAUGUUUAAACAAAAAUCACAUUCUAUAACAAUGUUGUGAACGUUUAUCUCAGUUGCUCAAGUGUAUGUAAAGAUUAAUACAAAAUAAUGAAUUUAUAUAAUAUGGCUAUAUAUCAUAUCGACGCCUUGAAACAAAGAGCAAUGACUUUUUAAAGAAGAGCAUUGUUUUAUUAGCUUUAAUUUUUCAUUUCAACAAACUUUAUACAAGCUGGGACUUCAAAUUAAUAGCGGGAAAAAAGAAAAAAGAGAAAAGGAAAAUACAAAGUUACACUCGAGAAGCAGAGGAUAAGGUUCAUCUAUCUGUAAUAAUGUUAUUUAACGAAGGAAAGUUUAUAUAGAUUAUAGAUGGAAGCAAAAGUAGGUGGAAAAUAUUGAAACACUUCUAUUUUAAUCAAUAAAGUUAAUAACGAUGGCUACUAACUGGUUACUACGAAGUGGUACCAAACUUGCAAUAGCUUUCCAGCACAGAGAUAGAGAAAGAAAAGGGGUGUAAUAUUUUGUAAUGUAAUCUAUGGAAUAAAUUCUUUUGCUGGAAGUGCGGUUUUCUACUUAAAAAUAAAAAACGAAGAAAAAAAAAAGAGAAACAAAAAAGAACAAAUUUCAUGCGUUCCGUCACACUGUAUACAAUAAUCUUAUUGUCUCGAUAUUUAUAUUUUCAUUGGUAGAAUAAACUUGUAUCAAAUA